GCAAAGCUUUCCUUAGCGGGUCGAAAGUGUGAAAGAUUCAGUCUUUACAGCUCCGCCCAACGACAGGAUCCUUGUUUGACACAGCCGAAAUAAUGUCAAAGAAGAACAACCUUGCGAAAAGGAAGAAACAGCACGAAUUCGAUCUCCGAAGAGAGAAACUAGAGAAGGAAAAGAAGGAGAAGAAGCUGACGACGAAGAAAAAUAAGAUGAAGGUUGAUGGCAGCGACAAGGCAAAGAAGAGGGGUGGAAGCGGAUUUCAGGUUGGGAAGAGAAAAGUGAAGACCAAACUGACGGCUGUAGCUAAAGCUAAAGCUGCCCAGGCAAUGGAGCUUGACAAAUGAAGUUUGAUUAGUUUAUGAUAUUGCGUUUAGCUUGAUAAAUAUCAAAGUUGUUUUGAGGUUGAAUAUUUGUUCUAUCAAGCUAUUUGAGCGAUCAAUUGUACUAUAGCUACUUUCUGCCUCACAGUUUUUGUACGGUCAACUGUGAACAUUUGGGUAUAUUAAUUUGAGAGGAAUUCAUACUAUUUCUUUGUUA